UCUUAGCAUAGUAGACUAGAGAGCGAGUGCUCUCUCUCUCUCUAGGUCUUCGACGCGGUUUUCUCUUCUUUUCUUUUCUUCUCUUCGAUCUUCGAUUGUCGUUGUUUUGCUGCAAGUUUUCAGGGAUUCGAGGUUUGGACGUUCUGUUUACACUCUCUGCUCGUGUUUGAAGUUCGAUUUGAAGUUGUUGGAUUCAGUGGUGGUUUCUGAUCUACGCUUCUGAAUUGGGGUUUUCUCGGUUCUUCAGUUGUUGGGGGGUUGUUCUUGCGAUUCAGACAGUGUGAGAGGUUUUGUUGUGUGGAGCUAUUGGACUAGGAAGCUUGUGAGGCUACUGCUGAGUGGGAAGGAAUUUUCGAUCUUGGUGUUUUCACUUUCUUCAGGGUUUAGCCUGAAUGGUUUGGCGUGUUUGCAGUGGAGGUGCAUGAUCACGCUCGUGUUCAGUUAGUCUGCAUUCUUGAAGAACCAGAAUUGCUCCAAGGCUCUACCGAAGCAGCUCGUGGUUCAUAUAAAUGGAUAUAAGGACGGAAAAGAAUAUUAGAUACCCGGAAAGAUACUAUGGUAGUAGUUCCUUUUGCACUGCUGGUGAAUCAGAGGGCUCUGGAAGCUCGGGAAGAAUUGAUCCUGAGAUUGCUGUUUCGGAAGUUUCUAGCACGCCGAUGAGAAGAUGUAUGAGUUUUAAUUCUGAUAGGCAUGAAGGGUUGCGAGUCCGAACCCAAGUUCUUCCCUUGACAAGCCUGUUGCAAUCCGAGAGGAAGGACUUGGUUUACAGGUUGAGAAAUGAACUGGAACAGAUUCAGACCCUCAGAAAGAAAGUAGAAUUGCUUAGAACAAAUAGUUUUACAGUCUCAUCUUCGAGUGAUAUUCUUAGUUGUAGCAAUGUACACGAUGGGCCAUCAGCUGAACACAUUAAAAAUACCUCAAAUUUGUCUUCUGGGCAACGAAAGAAAUCUAAUGUUCCAAGCCAUAAGAAAGGGCAAGGAUGCAGUCGGGUUGCUUCGGGUAAAGUUGGGUCUACCGUGCAAGCAUCUGUUUCCAACACCACAACCGCUACUUCAGCGAUUUUGAUGAAACAGUGUGAACAACUUUUGAAAAGAGUAAUGUCACACCAGUAUGGCUGGGUAUUUAACACUCCUGUUGAUGUGGUGAAGCUAAAUCUCCCUGAUUAUUUCACAAUUAUCAAGCACCCAAUGGAUUUGGGAACUGUGAAAACUAAGUUAUCUUCUGGAGCAUACUCAAGUCCACUGGAUUUUCUUGCUGAUGUGAGGCUCACUUUCAACAAUGCAAUGACAUACAACCCUCCUGGCAAUGAUGUGCACAUCAUGGCUGAUGUUCUUAACUCAUUUUUUGAUAUGAGAUGGAAAGCUAUUGAGAAAAAACUUCCAAAAAUGGAUGGUCAUGCAUUGCCAACUAAAUCUAGACCUCGAGAAGAUAUUGAGACUGUUAAGAACGUACCUCCAAAAAAGAUGAAAGUUGCUUCUAGGCCCCACGAAAUUACACCCAUACCCGCCAAGCGUGUAAUGACAGACGAAGAAAAGCUAAUAAUAGCAGAUUCAGACUCUUCUAGUUCUGAAAAUGAAUCCGAGCGUGAUAAAGCUCCAAUUCAUGUGCACGAGCAGGUUCCAGAAACAAUUGGCUCCACAGGUCUAGUAAUUGAAACGGCAACCUCGGGCGGACCAUUUGAAAGGAAUCAAUCUGAAGGUGGCUAUGAACAACUUGAGCAGACUUCCGGCAAGCCCAGUUCUACCGAGUCAGACUGCAAUCAGGAUGGUAACUACGCUGCAUCUGAGAAGCCGGUCUCCCCCGAGCGGCUUUUUCGGGCUGCUCUGCUUAAAAACCGAUUUGUUGACACAAUUUUAAGAGCUAAAGAAAAGACGAUGGCACAGGGCGACAAUGGCGAUCCUGAGAAGUUGAGACAGGAGAGGGAGGAGCUGGAGCAGGAGCAAAGGAAAGAAAAAGCACGACUACUAGCAGAAGCAAAGGCUGCACGCGAUGCACAAAGACAAGCCGAAGCCGAAGCUGCAGCUGAAGCUAAACGAAAGAGGGAACUCGAUAGAGAAGCAGCACGACAGGCAUUGCUCCAGAUUGAGAAAACCGUCACAAUAGACGAGAACUCCCAAUUCCUGGAAGACUUGGAGAUGCUUAGAACCACUCAUACCGAACCCCUGCCGAGCUCGGUGGAUGAGACAAUCCCCGAUCACUCGCAAGACGGUCUGGGCAGUUUCAAAUUUGUAGGGAGCAAUCCAUUAGAACAACUCGGGUUAUUCAUUAAAGCAGACGAAGAGGACGAGGAAAACGAGCCAAAUUAUAUCUCGAACUCUAUAAAAGAUGUAGAAGAAGGUGAAAUUGAUUAGAGGAUAAAAUAGUGUGAUGUUGAAUUCAAUGGUAGAAUUGAAUAAUCAAUCCCUUUUGACUGAAGACAGUAACUGGUGUGUGACUCC